AUGACCGCCGCCAACAAUGCCAGCCGGAAGAUUGCCAACAUGGACUGGGUGAAGACCCGCCAGUUUGCCACCUUCGCCGGAAGUAUGUUCUUCGGGUCCUUCCUGGUCGGAUCCAUGUUCGACGCUUCCAAGAAGCAGGAGGAGGAGAUGGCCAAGAUCCAGGGGAUCAUGGACCAGCUUGACCAGGAGGCUGCGGCUGCCGCGGCGGUGGCCGCCACCUCUGACAGCCAUGUGACCCCCGCUGCCGCUGCUACAUCCGACUAA